AUGGAGAGGAGCAUGAUGGAGAGCAAAGGCUUGCCAGGAAAGUUCUGGGGUGAGGCAGUCAACACGGCUGUCUACUUGCUGAACAGGGCGCCAACUAGGAGUAUAGUUGGUGGGACUCCGUACGAAGCAUGGUACGGACGUAAGCCCUCGAUUGAUCAUCUUCACACCUUCGGGUGUGUGGCGCAUGUCAAGACGGUGUCCAGCCAUAAAAGUAAAUUGGCGAACCGGAGUACUCCAAUGAUCAUGACUGGCUAUGAAGAAGGCUCGAGCAUGAUCAAAGAGCUGAAACUCACGGCGCUGCCAAUACAGAAGGUGGAACAUCGGGACGUCGAGCUGCAGGUCCAAAUGCUACGUUUGGAGGUCGGCCAGGAGGGCCCGUCCAAGAUCCACCAGGAGGUGGCUACACCUGCACGGCGGACGAAGUACCAGGAGCACCACCGGGACGUGGUAGUCCAGAAGCAGACGUGA